CUUUUCAUAAAAUUACACUUGAAAUUUGUACAUUAUUGUUAUUAAUAAUAGCAAUGAUAAUUAUGAAGGAAUUUAAGGGAGAUGUAACAGAACAUCGCCUCCCUACUCUACACAAGUGGCAGGGCCGAGAUUCAAGUGAACAAACAUUAGAGCGGAGCACUAAGAGCACUAGAGCAGAGCGAGUAGGCAUUCCAAUCCCAGUCUCCAUUCACCAGUGGGAGACUAGUGGGAGACCAGUGGAGUGGAAAAGGAGAAAAAGCUAGUCCCUUGUGUGUUGUGUAUGUGUUUGUGUUGUGUUAGGUGUUGGGAAAGAAAUCAGAAUUAGAAAAAGAAUGAAGCAGAAGAAGCAACAGCAGGUGGCGGUGGCGGUGGCGUUGGCGGUGGUAGUGUAUGCGAUGGCCCUGGGCGGAUCAGAAGCGGGGAAAGAUCAACUGCUUUCUCUGUUGGAGCUAGAUGAAGCGGCAGUCUCAGUCUCAAUCUCUGGAAGCCAACAGCAACAACAACCUCCUCUCGUGGUGGGACUCAGUCUUAUCCAAUCCGCUGCUUCUACAGGAGCUGUCUGUUUGGACGGAACACUACCCGGUUACCAUUUGCACCGGGGCUAUGGAUCGGGUGCAAACAGCUGGCUCAUUCAGCUGGAGGGAGGGGGCUGGUGCAAUACGAUUGCAAGUUGUGUCUACCGCAAAACUACUCGCCGUGGUUCAUCAAAUUAUAUGGAAAAGCAGUUGCCAUUCACUGGAAUUUUGAGCAAUAAAGCUGAAGAAAACCCUGAUUUCUUCAACUGGAAUAGAGUCAAGCUACGUUACUGUGAUGGGGCGUCAUUUAUCGGGGACAGUCAGAAUGAGGCUGCAAAACUUAAAUUUCGAGGACAACGGAUAUGGUUAGCUGCUAUGAAGGAAUUUCUCUCCAAGGGAAUGCAGAAUGCUGACCAGGCUCUUCUUUCUGGAUGCUCUGCUGGGGGUCUAGCAUCAAUACUUCACUGUGAUGAGUUCCGUGACUUGUUUCCAAAAACUACCAAAGUGAAAUGUCUAAGUGAUGCUGGAUUUUUCCUGGAUGCAAAUGAUGUAUCUGGUGGGCGGACUCUAAGGAAUAUAUUUGGAGGUGUGGUUAGCUUACAGGAAGUGGGAAAGGAUCUUCCAGAGACUUGUACCAGCCACCUGGAUCCAACUUCGUGCUUUUUCCCUCAGAAUUUGGUUGCAAACAUUAAGACCCCGUUGUUUCUUCUUAAUGCAGCUUAUGAUGCAUGGCAGCUCCAAGCUAGUUUAGCUCCUCCAUCGGCGGAUCCUCAUGGUUCAUGGAAUGAGUGCAAAUCAAACCAUGCACAUUGUAAUACAUCACAAAUCCAGUUUCUCCAAGACUUCAGAAAUCAAAUGGUCAAUGCUGUUAGAGAUUUCUCUAUGUCCAGUCAAAAUGGUCUAUUCAUAAAUUCCUGCUUUGCGCACUGCCAGUCUGAGAGACAGGAUACAUGGUUUGCCAAUGACUCUCCUCGACUUGGAAACAAGGCAAUUGCAACGUCUAUUGGAGACUGGUACUUUGAUAGAGUACCAGUGAAGGCUAUAGAUUGUGCAUAUCCCUGUGACAAUACCUGUCAUAAUCUUGUUUUCAAUGAUGAUCCAUCCCCCAUGACAAUGACAUACUCUCACUCCACAAGGUUGGCCAUUGGCUUCCUAAGUCUGCUAAGUGCCCUAUUGAUGAAUGUAGCAUGUUUCACAUGCGUUGUGCUGUUUCAAAUUUUUUGAUGAGACCCGAUUGUAUGCCCCACUUUCUCACCAUGGCAAGAACAUGAAUUUCCUUGCCUGAUAUGGUUUGAAUUCUGCAUACAUGCAUGCAAGUAGUCUUUUUGUUAUGUUUUAGGGAUGCCUGCAAACGGUUGUAGUUUGGAACUAUCCAAAUUCAUAGUGGCCAGAGCCUCAAAAUGCAGCCGAAGUUCAACUAAAUUACUAGAUAUGCAGUAUCCUUUAAGAAUCGGUGUAGCACUUGGAUUGAUAUUGCCCUGAUUUUAAGCACGAGAAUGCAUGAUGCAUUUCUAGUAAUUUAUGAUCCUUUUUGGUCUGUUUCCGUGCAUUGCUGCAAAUGGAGCUUAAUGAGUGUAAACUACUGGAACCGCAUUUUUGACAAAUUCUUGAUCUCAAUAUAUUGUUGUGAUUACAAUAUCUAACAGUGUGAAUACAGGGGCAAGUUGUAUGCUUAACCUGACCAGAAUCAUUAUACAGUUCAUGUCAUAUGUAUUUUUCUCUGAUGAUCAAGGCUCCAAUUCUCAUGGUGUGUCAUAUAUAGUUUAUAUGAUAUGUAUGGAUAUAUUAUGUACAGAUGAAGAAGUAGAUGCCUCGACAACUCUAAUCAAACAGUCAAGCAUCCAAAAAUUAAAAAAAAAGAAAUAAAAAAAAAAA